AUGACCGAUUUUGCAUUAGCCGCACAGGCUCUCAUUCUCAAUGAAAAGCUCGACACGACUGCUACAUCGUUUUCAGAGGCCAUUGCAUCCACUACCGACGACAUUUUGCAAGGUCAAUAUACCAAAGUGUUGCGCGAACGUAGUCCACUCUUCACCUCCAGCAGCAGCAAUGACAAUGAAGGACUGAUAUCGACGGGCGAUUUGACAAGUUGGAUCCAUGCACGAUUAUCGACUCUGGAUAUGGAUAAUAGCGAGACUCGUUUCUUGAUAUUGGCAACGGGUAUUGCAGCACUGAACGCGUUUGUACAAACCAAUUGGACGGGUCCACUUUUGGAUUGGAGCGUGAGCCAAGUUGUAUUGUCAAGCGAUGUGGCCGAUAAGCAGGUGGAUGAUCGCAUUCAUCAACAUUGUCUUGGUGUACUUUCAGUGGAUAGCGAACCAGUUUAUCAUUUGACAGAACGCUUGGGUUUAUUGUUGAUUGCACGAGAAUUACUAUUGGCAGUGAGGAAACAACAUCCACAACCAGAAGUGGCUUUAUGGGCCAUGCGUGCCGUCUUUUUACAACAACAACUACUCGACAACCCAACAGGCACUUUGCAAUCUUUGUUGUUGGAGGAACUCGCCAAGGAAAGCAGUGGAUUUGAACGUGAUUCACUUCGUGUACGUCAACAAUUGGAUGUGGCAUUGGUUGAAAGCUAUUAUGGACUUGAUAAGGAAGCCUGCAAUAUGAUGCAACAAGCCCAAAAGACAUCUGGAUUUCAAUGGGAGCUUACCGGUGCUCUUGGUCGUCGUACCAAGUUCCAGACAUUUGAUGUAUCUCAAUUGGUGUUGCUUGCUGAAAGCAAGAAUGACGAUGCUGCUCUGAAACAAGACGACAAGAAGGAUGAUAAGGAUGAGGAGGAUGAGGAUCGAGUACGACCUGAGACCGUUGCUUUGGAAGAUGAUACAUUGUUGGAUCAAGUUGCUUUUACCAAGAAUGAAAAGAAUGAACGUGAUGAAGCCAAACGUCGUGGCAACCUUCAAGUCAUUGAUCAAUGUUUAUUGCUCGCAUUUUGUUUGAAUGUCAAGAAUACAAACCCAGAGCAUGGUCUUACGAGUGAAGAGAUGGCACCCUAUGUCACCCGUGUGCUCGAGAAUGCCAACAACUGGAUGGUCCACACCAUGGGUUUGCUGCUCAAGACACGUUUGGAAGCACACAAGAGUCGUACUGUGGAGCGUUCAUUGUUGCAGUUACAGGCUUUGGUGGAUCAAAUCAAGGUCGAAGAUUCAAGUGUUGAGGAACGUCUUGCCUACUUUUACGAGUUGCUGUUACCUAGCAAGUGGGAUAUGGAGCGUGAAUUGGCGAAGCGGUUCGUUUCUUUGGGUGUCGUCAAGAGUGCAUUGGAGAUCUUUGAACGAUUGGAAAUGUGGGAAGAGGCCAUCGCCUGCUAUCAGAUGCUUGAAGAGUCUCACAAGGCUAAGGAUGUGCUUUCUCGCUUGAUGAAGGAUGAUCCCAAUUCUCCAAAGCUUUGGUGUAUCCUUGGUGAUGUUGAGCGUAACCCCGAUCACUGGCGUAAGGCAUGGGACAUCUCCAACAAGCGUUUUGCACGUGCAAUGCGAUCUUUGGGUGCGUAUCAUUACCGACGACAAGAGUACAAUGAAGCCAUUGAAUGCUAUCAACAUGCUCUCGAGAUCAACCCAUUGUUUGAAGGAUCGUGGUAUAUUCUUGGUUGUGCUGCCAUGCAAGUGGAUUCAUGGGAUGUGGCUGCACGUGCUUUCCAGCGUGUAGUAUCACUUGAUCACGAACAAGCUGAAGCAUGGAACAACUUGUCGAGCAUUUAUGUACAAAUGGAUCGCAAAACGGAUGCAUUCUUGGCACUCAAGCAAGCAACCAAGCUCAAGUUUGACAAUUGGCGUAUGUGGCAAAACUUGCUCGUGGUGGCUGUGGACGUGGGUCAAUUCGCUGAUGCUAUUUGGGCUAUGCAACGAGUCGUUGAAUUGAGAUGGGACAAAGUGCGUGAAGAAGCUGUCGACAAACAAGUGCUGCACAUGUUGGUUGAGAACGUUGUCCAGAAUUGGAAGGAUCCUUUUGAUCGUGAUGGUGCUCGUCUCGCACGCCACGUGCAGCGUUUACUUGAAGAUGUUAUCCUCACUCGCAUUACCGGUUCACCCGAACUUUGGGGCAUCACUGCAAAGUUUUACAUUUGGCAGCAGCGUUACGUCGAUGCACUUGAAGCUUCAGUCAAAGGAUAUCGCACCGUCAUGCAUGAUGCUAGCAUUGAAACGGAUCAACAAGUCUUUGAUCGCGUGGCUCAGGUUGCCCUGGAUACCGUCGACAUGUAUGAGACUUUGGGUGAAAAAGAACAAGAUGGUGCCCCCGUAUGUGCUGAUUGGCGUUAUCAAUCCCGUCAAAUUCUCAAGAGUAUUAUGGGCAAGGGCAAAGAUGUAUUUGAAGACACUGUGAUGUAUGAUCGACUCAAGGAGCGACUCGAGGAUCUCAAGCGCACAUAA